AUGCCUGCAGUGGAGUCAUUCUGUCGAAGCCAGGGGAGUGUAGGAGGCCAGAACCAAAGUGGAAGCAUGGGCAUAGAUGUUCUUCACCAGUUAGGCCUCGGUGGGAAAGACAUACAACAUCCAUCAACAGUGUCUACAAUGCCCUUGUCAUCUGUUCCAUUACCUCAGGGGGUUCACUUAACAGCAUCAGGCGUUGUUUUAACCAGAGAUGCACACAUUGAAUCCCCUAUCACUCAAGUCAUACCAUCAAGUCUAGGGAAUCAAUUCACAUUAUUGAUUGGGCUACACUCUUAUAGAGUAAACAAUGCUUUUCUUUUCAGUAUUAGAAACAAAAACAUACUGCAAUUUGGUGUACAGUUGCUACCAAGGAAGGUAGUGGUAUAUAUUGGAGGGAAGCAGUCUGUAUAUUUUGAUUACAGUAUUCAUGAUGAACAAUGGCAUUCAUUUGCUAUUGACAUUAGAGACAAGACAGUCUCAAUGUUUGCUGAGUGUGGAAAGAAAUAUUACAGCAGGGAAACACUUUCUAAAGUACAGAUAUUUGAUUUGGAUGGUUUGUUUACCUUAGGACGGAUGAACUCUCAGUCUGUCAGCUUUGAAGGAGUAAUAUGUCAACUGGAUAUUAUCCCCUCUGCACAAGCCUCUGCAAACUAUUGUAAAUAUGUAAAACAGCAAUGUCGCCAAGCUGAAACAUACCGAUCUCUGCCAGCACCUCCCGACACAUCAGCUGGGGUGUCUGUAAACUUUCCAAGCAAACAGUUUGGUGACAACACCCAAUCUGAACAUAAAUCAUUUUACACACAGAAAGAAGCAUUAAACCUUCCCAUUAACAACACUGCACCAGUCCAUUCCCUACCUGAAUCCUUAGCGUUAAGAACUGUUACUCCAUCGGAGCUUGCAAAAUCUGAACCUCAGUCCACAACAAUUAGACCUGAAGCAAGUGUCCAGGAAAACUUCAGUCUGUCAAUUCAUCAACAGGGCUUGAUCAAAAAGAGGAAUGGCACCAAAAAAAACCUGGGGUCACCUCAAAAUAGUUCAGAUAAUGCCACAGAAAAUGCAGGCGGAAAAAGUGAGCCCCCUCUGAUUUCUCCUGUAAAACAGAGUAAGAUCAAAGAUGCGAAAACACAGGUAAAGGCCAAGCAGCAUUCAGAUGAACCCCUGGAAAUGCAGCAAAUCUUAAACACCACACUAUACAGGGCUACCGUAGACCUGUCUUUGGAUAAUCAGCUCAAUCCAUGGGAGGAAGGUGCAUUUGAUGCUGAUGAGACUUAUGAUGCAGAAAACGGUUAUGAAUUUGAUGUUGAAAGUUACAGUUAUGAUUAUGAAGAUCUUAACAAAAUGUUUGAAAUGGAGAAUACAAGAGGGCCAAAAGGGGAAACCGGACCUCCAGGUCCUCCAGGUCCUCCAGGUUUACCUGGUCUGUCGGGGAAGAGAGGUCCAAGGGGUAUUCCAGGGCCACAUGGGAAUCCAGGUUUGCCAGGGCUGCCUGGUCAAAAGGGCCCUAAAGGAAAUCCAGGAUUCUCCCCAGGACAAGCAAAACGUGGAGAAAAGGGUGACCCAGGUCCAAGAGGCUUACUAGGCCCUCCUGGUAUCAAAGGUCAGAAGGGUCCCAAAGGCUAUCCAGGGCCACCAGGUCCACGAGGCGAGCAAGGAAUUCCAGGAAUGGCUGGCAAUGCUGGUUCACUUGGUUACCCUGGCAGGCAGGGUUUAGCUGGACCAGAAGGUAACCCAGGUCCUAAAGGUGUAAGAGGUUUCAUUGGACCUCCAGGGGUGGCAGGACAGCCAGGACCUGAAGGAGAAAGAGGCAUUCCAGGACUGCAAGGAAAAAGGGGUCUUAAGGGGAGACUGGGUUUUCCAGGUGACUUUGGAAACAGAGGCCCCCCUGGCGCAGAUGGGAGUCCUGGAGUUGUUGGUGGCGUUGGGCCUCCUGGAUUUCCUGGGCUGAGAGGUGUUGUUGGGCCUGUGGGACCGAAUGGACCUUCUGGAAUUCCUGGGCCUCUGGGUCUUCCAGGGAGUCUGGGGCAGCCUGGAAUGAAAGGUGAUAAGGGUGAACAAGGCAUUGCAGGAGAGCCGGGAGAGCUGGGCUAUCCAGGAGACAAGGGUUCUGUUGGUUUGCCAGGACCAGCAGGAAUCAGAGGAAAGCCAGGGCCUCCUGGAAAAAUCGGAGAUCCGGGACCCCAGGGACCAUCUGGUCCUCCUGGGCCUGAGGGUUUUCCAGGAGAUAUUGGUGUACCCGGACUAAAUGGCCCUGAAGGUCCAAAGGGACUUCUAGGUGACCGAGGGCCUCCGGGGGCCCCAGGCCCGAAAGGAAUCGAGGGAGAAGAAGGACCAAUUGGACCUAUUGGAGGAGUUGGACCAAGAGGAAGGCCAGGUCGGAAAGGGUAUGCAGGUGAACCUGGAUCAGAAGGCUUGAAGGGAGAACCAGGAGAUCAAGGAAACCUUGGAAAAACUGGUGAAGCAGGACCCAUUGGUUUACCUGGAGAAAUUGGACCAGCUGGACUACCUGGUGAAAAGGGAGAGCGGGGCAGUCCAGGACCAGUGGGCCCUCCUGGAGAGAAAGGUGUCAUGGGCUAUCCAGGACCUCCAGGGGGCUUUGGGCCUUUAGGGCCACAAGGACUGCCUGGUCCUUCAGGGGCAAGAGGACCUCCAGGACCACAGGGAGCUAAAGGACGAAGAGGGCCAAGGGGUCUAGAUGGUCCUCCAGGAGAACAAGGGACACAAGGUAUUAAGGGAGAAAGAGGUGAUCCAGGGAAAAAAGGUGUUCAUGGACUUAUUGGCAAGGCUGGAAACCCUGGAGAAAGGGGUGAUUCAGGAGUACCAGGCUUGCCCGGACCUCCUGGAAACACGGGUGACAGAGGCCCUGUGGGAGAGCCAGGCCCAAGAGGACAAAAAGGUGAUGCUGGCCCUGCAGGAGAAAUGGGUUUUGAGGGACCUCCUGGCCCUGAGGGAGAGCCUGGCCUGCAAGGAGAACCAGGUGCAAAGGGAGACAUUGGACCUGCUGGCAGUGCUGGAGAAACAGGAGAACAAGGUUUAAGGGGUGAACCAGGAUCCCCAGGAGAAGAUGGUGUACAAGGGAAAGAUGGCUCAAAGGGGAUCCCUGGAGACCAAGGGCUUCCAGGAGAGGAUGGUGAAAAAGGAGAAACCGGAAUUCCAGGAAUUACAGGCCCCACUGGUGAACCUGGCAUAAUGGGUAUUCCGGGACCUGAAGGAACACCAGGAAAUCCAGGUCAAAGGGGUCGUCCAGGAAGAAAGGGGGAAAAGGGGCAGCUAGGACCUCCAGGAGAGAUUGGAGCCACAGGUGAUGCUGGCCAACCUGGAAAAUUUGGUCCUAAAGGCGCAAGAGGAACUAGAGGUCCAUUGGGACAUUUAGGAGUAAUGGGACCUGAAGGAGAGCCAGGAAUUCCAGGUUACAUGGGUCAUCAGGGUCAGCCAGGAUCACCUGGUCCUCCAGGACCCAAAGGAGAGAAGGGUUACCCAGGCGAAGACAACACAGUACUGGGACCACCUGGGCCCAUAGGUGAACCAGGUCCUAGUGGUGAACGUGGAGAUAGAGGAGAACCUGGUGAUGAGGGAUUCAAGGGUCACACAGGGCUUUCAGGUCUAAGAGGAGCAAUUGGACAACAAGGGCCUCCAGGUGAACCAGGUGAAUUGGGGGAACAAGGACCAAAGGGAGAGAGAGGAUCAGAAGGACCCACUGGAAAAAGAGGAAUGACUGGUCAAGCUGGGAAACCUGGAAUUCCUGGAAAACCAGGCCCACGAGGGCAGAAAGGUGCUUCUGGAUAUCCUGGACCAGAGGGCAUUCCUGGGAAUCCUGGAAAGCCUGGGUUACCUGGGAAUGCUGGCUUUCCUGGUAAUAAAGGAAGCCCAGGAAUAGCAGGGCUGGCAGGGUAUCCUGGAACUCGGGGAGCAAAGGGAUUGCCGGGCGUGACAGGUAUCAGUGGAGAACCAGGACUAAAGGGUGAGCAAGGGCUUCAGGGUCAUCCAGGAAAACAAGGUAAAAGAGGCCUUCCUGGGGUACAAGGUGAUCAAGGCCCACCAGGAGAUCCUGGAUUGAAAGGGAAAACUGGAGAACUUGGAGAUCAAGGUUUGAUGGGAUUUCAAGGAUUCCCAGGUCCAAAAGGUCCUGAUGGGGACAUUGGUUUAGUUGGAAUUCUGGGUCCUAAAGGACCUGUAGGCCAAAUUGGAUACACUGGCCCCAUUGGUCAAGAAGGGAUAAUAGGCCCAACAGGCAAACCUGGAUCCAGGGGUGAAAAAGGCUCCAGGGGUGAAAUUGGCCCUCAGGGACCACGGGGUCAUCCAGGUCCACCAGGUCCACCUGGGGUACCUGGUCCAAGAAAACAAAUGGACAUCAAUGCUGCUAUUCAAGCCUUGAUUGAAUCAAAUGGUGCACUACAGAUGGAGAGCUACCAGAAUACUGAAGUAACUUUACUAGAUCACAGUGCAGAGAUAUUCAAAACGCUACACUAUCUUAGCAAUUUACUGCACAGUAUCAAGAACCCCCUCGGCACUCGGGAUAACCCAGCACGCAUCUGCAGGGAUUUGCUUAACUGUGAACGUAAAGUAUCAGAUGGAAAAUACUGGAUUGACCCAAAUAUUGGAUGUCCUUCUGAUGCCAUUGAGGUUUUCUGCAACUUUACUGCUGGUGGCCAGACAUGUCUAUCACCCGUAUCUGUGACAAAGUUGGAGUUUGGAGUUGGAAAAGUGCAGAUGAACUUUCUUCAUUUACUGAGCUCAGAAGCAACCCAUACCAUCACAGUUCACUGUCUGAACACCCCAGUGUGGCGAACAAAUGAGGCAGAUGCUCAGAAAACAUCUGUUCACUUCAAAGGCUGGAAUGGUCAAAUGUUUGAAGCAAAUACACUACUUGAACCAAAGGUGCUUACAGAUGAAUGCAUGGUAAAUACGUUUUGGCGUUAUUAA